AUGCAGACAGUAUCAUAUCAGGUUAAUCCGGAAUAUGCCAAAUUAACGCAAUUAGUACCCGGUCUUUUCAUAUGUGGCAUUAGUGAAUUAAACCGACAUAAUAUUGAGAAGAAUGGAAUAACGAUGAUCAUUAAUACAACUAAUGAAGUUCCUAAUUUGAAAACACUGGGGAAUAUACCCCGCAUGAAAUUAUGGAUCGAUGAUACACCAGAAGCUGAUAUUUAUCCUCAUCUUGAAGCUGUUAGUGAUCAGAUAGAAACAGUUAUAACGGGUGGUGGAGCGGUAUUAGUUCACUGCGUUGCUGGUGUGUCACGAUCAGCGACAAUUUGUCUCGCUUACCUUACCAAAUACCGAUGUCAAACACUUCGUGAUGCUUAUUUCUUGAUGCUUUCUAAGAGGCCAUUGGUUAGACCUAAUAUUGGCUUCUGGAGACAACUGAUCCAAUUUGAACAGGAAAUCAAACGUGCGCCAGCUUCAGUAGGAAUGGUGUAUGAUGAAGCUCAAGCCGAUCAUUUGUUACCUGAUGUCUAUCUGAGUCAGACAAUUCAACCUAUACAAUCAUUAUGGAUAACACUUUUAAUAGCCGGUGUUGUGUUGUUUUUUCUUAGUAUGUUAAUUCAUCCAUUUUCAACUUUUCAAUUUUUAAGUUAA